UUCUGCCACAACAACAACAGCUGUCCCCACAAUAACAACAGCUGCACCCACAACAGACACAGUUGCACCCACAACAACCACAGCUGCUCCCACAACAACCACAGUUUCUCCAACAACAAUCACAGCUGCUCCAACAACAAUGACAGCUUCUUCCACAACAACCACAGCUGCUACCACAACAACCACAGCUGUUCCCACAACCACCACUGCUCCAACAACAACCACUGUUGCUCCAACAACAAUGACAGCUACUUCCACAACAACCACAGCUGCUCCCACAACAACCACAGCUGCUCCCACAACAACCACCACUGCUCCAACAACAACCACAGUUGCUCCAACAACAACCACAGCUGCUCCAACAACAACGACAGCUACUUCCACAACAACCACAGCUGCUCCCACAACAACCACAGCUGCUCCACCAACAACCACCAUUGCUCCAACAACAACCACAGUUGCUCCAACAACAAUCACAGCUGUUCCCACAAAAACCACCACUGAUCUAACAACAACCACAGUUGCUCCCACAACAACCACAGCUGCUCCCACAACAACCACAGCAGCUCCCACAACAACAACAACAACUACAGCUGCUCCCACAACAACCACAUUUGCUCCAACAGCAACCACAGCUGCUCCAACAACAACCACAGCUACUUCCACAACAACCACAGCUGUUCCCACAACAAACACAGCUGCUCCCACAACAACCACCACUGCUCUAACAACAACGACAGCUACUUCCACAACAAUCACAGCUGCUCCCAAAACAACCGAAGCUGCUCCCACAAUAACCACAGCUGCUCCCACAACAACCACAGCUGCUCCCACAACAAUCACCACUGCUCUAACAAUAACCACAGCUGCUCCAACAACAACGACAGAUUCUGCCACAACAACAACAGCUGUCCCCACAAUAACAACAGCUGCACCCACAACAGACACAGUUGCACCCACAACAACCACAGCUGCUCCCACAACAACCACAGUUUCUCCAACAACAAUCACAGCUGGUCCAACAACAAUGACAGCUACUUCCACAACAACCACAGCUGCUCCCACAACAACCACAGCUGCUCCCACAACCACCACUGCUCCAACAACAACCACAGUUGCUCCAACAACAACCACAGCUGCUCCAACAACAACGACAGCUACUUCCACAACAACCACAGCUGCUCCCACAACAACCACAGCUGCUCCCACAACAACCACCACUGCUCCAACAACAACCACAGCUACUUCAACAACAACCACAGAUGCUCUAACAACAACGACAGCUACAUCCACAACAACAACAGCUGUCCCCACAACAACAACAGCUGCUCCCACAACAUCCACAGUUGCUCCAACAACAAUCACAGCUGCUCCAACAACAAUGACAGCUACUUCCACAACAACCACAGCUAAUCCCACAACAACCACCACUGCGCCAACAACAACCACAGUUGCUCCAACAACAACCACAGCUGCUCCAACAACAACCACAGCUACUUCAACAACAACCACAGCUGCUCCCACAACAACCACAGCUGCUCCCACAACAACAACAACCACAGCUGCUCCCACAACAACCACAGUUGCUCCAACAACAACCACAGCUGCUCCAACAACAACCACAGCUACUUCCACAACAACCACAGCUGCUCCCACAACAACCACAGUUGCUCCAAUUACAACCACAGCUGCUCGAACAACAACGACAGCUACUUCCACAACAACCACAGGUCUUCCCACAACAACCACAGCUGCUCCCACAACAACCACAGCUGCUCCCACAAGUACCACAGCUGCUCCCACAGCAACUACCAGUGCUCUAACAACAACCACCGUUGCUCCAACAACAACGACAGCUACUUCCACAACAACCACAGGUGCUCCCACAACAACCACAGCAGCUCCCACAACAACCACCACUGAUCUAACAACAACCAUAGCUGCUCCCACAACAACCACAGUUGCUCCCACAACAACCACAGCUGCUCCAACAACAAUGACAGCUACAUCCACAACAACCACAGCUGCUCCCACAACAACCACCACUGCUUUUACAACAACCACAGUUGCUCCAACAACAACCACAGCUGCUCCAACAACAACGACAGCUACUUCCACAACAACCACAGCUGUUCCCACAACAACCACAGCUGCUCCCACAACAACCACCAUUGCUCCAACAACAACCACAGUUGCUCCAACAACAAUCACAGCUGUUCCCACAACAACCACCACUGAUCAAACAACAACCACAGUUGCUCCCACAACAACCACAGCUGCUCCCACAACAACCACAGCUGCUCCCACAACAACAACAAAUACAGCUGCUCCCACAACAACCACAGUUGCUCCAACAACAACCACAGCUGCUUCAACAACAACCACAGCUACAUCCACAACAGCCACAGCUUUUCCCACAACAACAACAGCUGCUCCCACAACAACCACAGCUGCUCCGACAACAACCACAGCUGCUCCCACAACAAUCACCACUGCUCUAACAAUAACCACAGCUGCUCCAACAACGACAACAGCUUCUGCCACAACAACAACAGCUGUCCCCACAAUAACAACAGCUGCACCCACAACAGACACAGUUGCACCCACAACAACCACAGCUGCUCCCACAACAACCACAGUUUCUCCAACAACAAUCACAGCUGCUCCAACAACAAUGACAGCUGCACCCACAACAACCACAGCUGCUACCACAACAACCACAGCUGCUCCCACAACCACCACUGCUCCAACAACAACCACUGUUGCUCCAACAACAAUGACAGCUACUUCCACAACAACCACAGCUGCUCCCACAACAACCACAGCUGCUCCCACAACAACCACCACUGCUCCAACAACAACCACAGUUGCUCCAACAACAAUCACAGCUGCUCCAACAACAACGACAGCUACUUCCACAACAACCACAGCUGCUCCCACAACAACCACAGCUGCUCCACCAACAACCACCAUUGCUCCAACAACAACCACAGUUGCUCCAACAACAAUCACAGCUGUUCUCACAAAAACCACCACUGAUCUAACAACAUCCACAGUUGCUCCCACAACAACCACAGCAGCUCCCACAACAACAACAACUACAGCUGCUCCCACAACAACCACAGUUGCUCCAACAGCAACCACAGCUGCUCCAACAACAACCACAGCUACUUCCACAACAACCACAGCUGUUCCCACAACAAACACAGCUGCUCCCACAACAACCACCACUGCUCUAACAACCACAGUUGCUCCCAUAACAACCACAGCUGCUCCCACAACAACCACAGCUGCUCCCACAACAAUCACCACUGCUCUAACAACAACCACAGCUGCUCCAACAACAACGACAGAUUCUGCCACAACAACAACAGCUGUCCCCACAAUAACAACAGCUGCACCCACAACAGACACAGUUGCACCCACAACAACCACAGCUGAUCCCACAACAACCACAGUUUCUCCAACAACAAUCACAGCUGCUCCCACAACAACCACAGCUGCUCCCACAACCACCACUGCUCCAACAACAACCACAGUUGCUCCAACAACAACCACAGCUGCUCCAACAACAACGACAGCUACUUCCACAACAACCACAGCUGCUCCCACAACAACCACAGCUGCUCCCACAACAACCACAGCUGCUCCCACAACAACCACCACUGCUCCAACAACAACCACAGCUACUUCAACAACAACCACAGAUGCUCUAACAACAACGACAGCUACAUCCACAACAACAACAGCUGUCCCCACAAUAACAACAGCUGCUCCCACAACAUCCACAGUUGCUCCAACAACAAUCACAGCUGCUCCAACCACAAUGACAGCUACUUCCACAACAACCACAGCUGCUCCCACAACAACCACCACUGCGCCAACAACAACCACAGUUGCUCCAACAACAACCACAGCUGCUCCAACAACAACGACAGCUACUUCAACAACAUCCACAGCUGCUCCCACAACAACCACAGCUGCUCCCACAACAAACACAGCUGCUCCCACAACAACCACAGAUACAUCCACAACAACCACAGCAGCUCCAACAACAACUUUAAUUGGGCCUACAACAACCACAGAUACUCAAACAACAACCAAAACUUCUCCAACAUCAACCACAGCUUCUCCAACAUCAACCACAGAUGAUCCAAUAACAACCACAGUUGGUGCCACAACAACCACAGCUGCUCCCACAACAACAACAUAAUCUCCCACAACAACCACAGCUGUUCCAACAACAAACACAGCUGCUCCAACAACAAUCACAGCUAAUCCCACAACUACAACGGCUACUUACACAACAUCCUCAGGUGUUCCCACAGCAACCACAGCUGCUCGGACAACAACCCCAGACGUUCCAACAACAAACACAGUUGCUCCAACAACAACCACAGCUGUUCCGAUAACAACCACAGCUUCCCUAAUUACAACCACAGCUGCUGCUACGACAACAACAGCUGCGGCAAAAACAAUCAUAACUGCUCAAACAACAACCACAGCUGCUCCCAUAACAACUGCAGCUGCUCUCACAACAAACACAGCUUCUCCCAUAACAAACACAGCGGAUCCAACAGCAACCCCAGAUGUUCCAACAACAACCAUAGCUGCUCCCACAACAACCACAGCUGCUCCAACAACAACUAAAAUAGGGGCUACAACAACCACAGAUACUCCAACAACAACCACAUCUGCUCCCACAACAACCACAUCUGCUCCAAAAACAACCACAGCCGCUCCCACAACAACCACAGAAUCUCCCACAACAACCACAGUCACUACUUCAAAAACCACAGAAUCUCCGUAGCAACCACAUCUGCUCUCAAAACAACCACAGCUGCUCCCACCACAACCACAUCUGCUCCAACAACAACAACAGCUACUUCCACAACAACCACAGCUG